AUGUUACGUAUCAAAUCAUCAUUUUUGGCUCUACUAUUUGCUGGUUUAAGGUUUAUACCAAUGGGGUCGUGGAAACUCACUCCUUCUGGUGCCACGGGACGUCUAGACGGGUCUUUGGUCCCAGACCUCAAAAAGCGAUACGAGAAUAUGAGGGGCCGGCAGCUUAUUGUAUCUGCUAACAAUAACUGGCCAUUCUUCGGCCUCAAAUACCCACCUGGAGGAGGCGUGGAGGCAGACAGCGGCAUCGAUAUUCAGAUUAUGAAUACCCUGGGGAGUUUUCUGAACUUUACGUAUCGUGUUGUAUCUCCCGCUGAUGGCCAGUGGGGCGGACCGCUACCAGAUGGUACAGUGUCUGGCCUGAUCGGACAGGUGGCUCGCAGGGAGGUACACAUAGCCAUCUGUGAGAUCACCAUCACAGCUAGCAGAGAGACGGUGAUGGACUUCACUAUACCAUAUUAUCUGGAGACCAUCACUGUGGUAUCCAGAGCUCCUGCUGAGAAGAACAGAGCUUUUGCUGUCUUCUCUCCAUUCACCUUACAGGUUUGGGUGUGCAUCGCGGCGUCUACGGUCAUCAUUGGACCCAUCAUGAGCAUGUUGGGUCAUGGCUUGACCUUCUACGUCAGCAGACCUCCCCGUUCCAAGACCCAUGAUUAUAUCUUUCACUUAUUCCGUGUCCUUGUGGUUCAGAGUAACCUCCUCCGACCCUCUUACUGGCCUCAUAGACUCGUCUUCUUCUUCUGGUACCUCUUCUGUUUUUACAUAUAUGGUGGGUACCUCUUUUGCUGA